UAUAACAAGGUUAUAACACACCCGCCCCCAAUGUCCACCUAGAGAAGGUGGAAGGAGGCUCUGUAGAAAGAAAUUCACCUUGCGGGAAUUGGGAUUUGGCCCUCAGUAAAAAUGGCGCCUCGUGCUUCAGAGACAGGAGAGUCAGCUUGCUGGGCACAUGACUGACCCUUGCCUGGGGGCUGUGGAGUGUCGGUGCUCAGCCAGUCUGUCUCUCCCAUGGCACCUGCUGUAAUGGACAGCGGCCUCGGGAUUUCCUGGGUGAAUUCUUAGCUCCGCUACUGACUUUGAAUCAAACUAUUGGUGGGAAACAGAGGGCAAAGUGCCCCCGCAGUACAGCUAGACAAGAUGGCUUCACUGAAUGAUGAUGAGUGCACACCGCUUCUGAGUGCUUCGCACCCCGGGGACAUUGUCGAAACUAUUACGCAAAAUAAAAGCAGGUGGUGGUCAAUUCGUGUAAUGUACCUUACGAUGUUUCUCAGCAGUGUAGGGUUUUCAAUUGUGGUUACAUCAAUCUGGCCAUAUCUUCAACAGGUUGACGUGAGUGCUGAUACCAGUUUCCUUGGUUGGGUUAUAGCAUCGUACAGUCUGGGCCAGAUGUUGGCUUCGCCUUUGUUUGGACUUUGGUCCAACCAUAGGCCGAGAAGAGAGCCACUCGCCGUAUCCAUAAGCAUCUUGGUAGCUGCCAGUGUCCUGUAUGCUUAUGUACAUGUUCCUGCUUCUCACAACAAAUACUACAUGCUGAUAUCCAGGGCUCUAGUAGGAUUUGGAUCAGGAAAUGUUGCUGUUGUGAGAUCUUACGUUGCUGGUGCCACAUCCUUGUCUGAAAGAACAGGUGCAAUGGCUAACAUCAGUGCUUUCCAAGCCCUAGGUUUUAUAUUGGGUCCAGCUUUCCAGGCGUGCUUUACAUUAAUUGGUGAGAAAGGAGUGACUUUCCAAGCAAUUGACCUACAACUAAACAUGUACACAGCACCGUCCUUAAUGGGAGCUCUUCUCGGUAUUGUUAACAUCAUACUGGUAUUUGCAAUAUUCAGGGAACACAGAGUGGAUGAACUGGGAAGACAGAUUUCUAAUAUCAAUUAUGAAAAUGAAGAGCAUGCAGCCGAAAUUAAUAGUGAAGAGUCCGUCGACCAAGUUGCUGUUGUCUCAUCUAAUAUACUUUUCUUUGUUAUUUUGUUUUGUUUUGCCAUUUUUGAGACCAUUGCCACCCCUCUAACUAUGGACAUGUACGCGUGGACCCGCUCACAAGCUGUUUUGUACAAUGGAAUCAUUCUUGCUGCUAUUGGUUUUGAAUCAAUGGUUGUGUUCAUUGGGGUUAAAAUUCUUUCUAAAAUCACUGAAGAGCGCAUAUUACUCCUUGGUGGACUGGUAAUAAUUUGGGUUGGGUUCUUUAUCUUAUUACCUUGGGGAAACCAGUUUCCAAAGAUUCAGUGGACAGACAUACAGAAUAAUACAAUUUACAACUCCAGCUACUGGCUGUCAAAUACAGCAGACUACAGUAAUCACACGGUGGAGCCAACUGGGUGCCCUCCUGUGCAGUCAUGGUGCUUUUAUACGCCUGUCAUUCACCUAGCACAGUAUCUUACAUCUGACAUUCUGAUAGGCAUUGGCUACCCAACUUGUAAUGUCAUGUCAUACACCCUGUACUCCAAGAUCAUAGGUCCGAAACCUCAGGGAGUAUACAUGGGCUGGCUGACUGCUGCUGGUAGCAUUGCACGUACUCUUGGACCAAUAUUUGUCAGCCAAAUCUACACACAUCUGGGACCAAGAUGGACAUUUGGUAUACUUUGUGGUAUUGUUGCAGUGUCUAUAUUACACCUGUCAGUCAUCUAUAAGAGACUUAUUGCUUUUUCUGUUAGAUACGGACGAGUAUGAAAAGAAUUCGCACACUGAAAAGAUGGGGGUUUUCAUUUGUUUACAUACGUAAAGCUGUAAAAUACAGAAU